GGGGGGAUGGUGAGUCGGAGAUAAACACUCCGCGGCGGUGGCGGCUGCUGCUCUUCUUCGGGUUCUGUCACGGUGUUGGCGGUGCCCCGCUCACCGGUCCCCCUCCCCCUUCCGGCGAGCGUGGUCGCCAGAGAGGCUCUCUCAACCCUGCUCUGCGGGGUCCACAGCAGGGCGCGGGUGUCCGGCGGCGGCGGCGAGCCCGUGGGCAGUGGGGGUUGGUCCCGCGGCUCCGGCCCCCGGUGCAGAAUGGCGGCGGCGGUUCGGAUGAACAUCCAGAUGCUGCUAGAGGCGGCCGACUACCUGGAGCGGCGGGAGAGAGAAGCUGAACAUGGUUAUGCCUCCAUGUUACCAUACAAUAACAAGGACAGAGAUGCCUUAAAACGGAGGAACAAAUCUAAAAAGAACAACAGCAGUAGCAGAUCAACUCACAAUGAAAUGGAGAAGAAUAGGCGGGCCCAUCUUCGCUUGUGCCUGGAGAAGUUGAAGGGGCUAGUGCCGCUUGGACCUGAAUCGAACCGACACACUACAUUGAGUUUAUUGACAAAAGCCAAAUUGCACAUAAAGAAACUUGAAGAUUGUGACAGAAAAGCCAUUCACCAAAUAGACCAGCUUCAGCGAGAACAGCGGCACCUGAAGCGGCAGCUGGAGAAGCUGGGCAUCGAGAGGAUACGGAUGGACAGCAUCGGCUCCACUGUCUCCUCUGAGCGCUCGGACUCCGACAGGGAAGAGAUCGAUGUGGACGUGGAAAGCACAGACUAUCUCACGGGGGAUCUGGACUGGAGCAGCAGCAGCGUGAGCGAUUCCGACGAGCGGGGAAGCAUGCAGAGCCUCGGCAGUGACGAGGGCUACUCCAGCUCUAGCAUGAAGAGGAUAAAGCUCCAGGACCAUCACAAGACGUGUCUGGGCCUCUAAGAGCGUGGUCGCCUCGGCUGCCUCCCGAUGGUUCUCCCGGCGGACGGGAUUAGGUAGUGUAUUGGACCUGCCCACAGCCCCCCUGCACGUAAGCUUCCAUGUACCACCUCUACCAAACUCGGCUUUGUAAACGUUCUCGAGGAAGUGCUUAGGAUUGUGGGUUUCUGGUUGCAUCCACUAGCUUCUCUCUCUCCAUAAAACGUCCGAGAGACUGUACAUUCCAAUCAAUUUGAAGCACCCAAGAAUUCUUAGACCGAAUAAGCAACUGUCACAUCUCAGCAGUUUCCCCUCAUCUUUACCGUCCCCGUGUAGUCUAGCAAACCUUUCUUAGAGUUUUCUGGCUCUGUUACUCACCUAGCAGAAAUGUCCGAAUGGGUCUUGUGCUUAGGAACCUGAAGGAAACAAACUUUUAAAAUUGAGAGCCUGAUCUCAGAACUCCAAAGUAAGCUUUGAAAGUGGCAUUUAAGAGCACUUAACCAUGGACCUCACCCCCAGUGAGGAGUCAGGAAUACCUCCAGAAAACCCCCCUCACACACCCCCUGCGCUCCUUCCCUGACCCGCGUGUGGAUGGGAGCAGGACUUCUCACUUAAAAGUGGAGCCCUUGAAGGCAGGGCUCAGGCUGCCCAGAGCUCUGGCGGCACUCGCUCCCACCCACCAGACGGUACAAUCUCCCUGUGCAAUGCGCUCGGGGCCGCGCCGUCUACUGCUGUCCCAAGACCCGUUUUUUCCCCCCAAGUUCGUUAUGCUACUUGUCUCUGGAACAUUUUUUUUUCCUACCUCAGAGAUAAAUGAGAUCUCCAUUUCCCAGUUAACACAAAGUGAUUCUGCCUUUUUUUCACCCCCAAAUAAGUGACAUUUGGUCCAAUUCUAAUCUAUUUUCCUAUUUAACUUUCAGCAAUAACUGAGCUUUGGCGCUAGCUGAGCUAGUGUCCAUCAUCAGUGAAAGGAAAAAUCCGCAUUUCUACUCUGUUGCAGGUGAACAGGAGGGGAUGGUACAGUGUUAUUAGAAUUCCUCUCCUUAUUUUUGGAUACACCCAGAAUCUUCUUUAUGGAGGCUUUUGGGUUGGUAGUUUAAAAGGCUGAUCUUUCUUUUUGGUUAUGAUUUCCCCCUUAAGUGGUCUCCCACUUUGUAGCAUUUUUAUUUAAGCUAAAACAGAGCACAUGUAUAUGUACAUAAGACACCUUAAAUCUAUAAAUACUAUUUAUUCAUUUUAUAUAAACUAAUGGAAAACAAAUUCUUAUGACUUUGUGCUUUUAUAGAUGUUCUAGAAACUUUGUAUGUAGGUAUCUACAAAAUUGGUUCGUUCCCCUUACUAUUUUUGCAUUCACAUUUUUGACGUCGAGGUUUUCCGCCUCUGACAAAUCUUUUUCAUUGAAUUUGAACCAUUUGUAAACCCGGUGAUGCUGAAACCGUGUGUGUCACGAAGUGACGAGAACAUUCCUAAAAUCCACAGACGCACUGCAACCUAAGGGCUCCACGGCUGCACCAGCCGGCGGCCCCCCUGUGCUCCCCGCCGCCUGCGGUCUCUGGCCCCCCAGACUCACCGCGCCUCCAGCGCCUCCGCCUUCCACACGACUCCGAGUUCAAACGUGCUCCACACAGAAGCUCAUUCUGUACGUGAAGAGAUUUCAUUUUAAUGAUUCUCCAUUAAAAAAAUUUUAAUUGGAAGUAGUCGAUUCCUAAAUGAUUCCAAAGUCAUCUGUCAUUCUUUUGUUUUUUUUCCACCCCUUCAUUUCAGCUUUGGGUGAGGGAGGGGCAGGUGACACAAAGGAUUUUUUUUUUAAUUGGAAGCUUUUCCAAUGACCAGCUGAAGAUUUGCACUGAAAUACAACUUGUAUGCCUUCUGCAUUUUUAAAGCCUGCUUCCUGAAUUUAAGCAGAGUGAUAGUGUUCAAAGAGCCAGCUCAGCCUGUAACAUGUUUGAAAAGAUGUAUCUGCACUUUGAGGUCCCUUUCGAAUACCAUUCGCGAGACCUCUCAAGCAUUUUAAUUGCUACAUUCAAGCGCCUCACAAGUCCAAGAUGCCAGAUGCCUUAAGGCAUCGAAAACUCAAGACUUUGGGCACAGCUUGUGGGCUUGCAUUGGGGGGAGGUAAGGGAACAGAAUUUGUGUAUUUGUUUGAUUUUGAAAUAAGGCAUCUGAGAGAUGCCAUUUUCUGUGUUUAAGUUAAAGUGCAUUUUUGUCUUUUGGUUGAAAUAUGAAAUGUACUGUCCCAAUAUAAAAUAGUAAUUAUUUGACCUUUGCACUGUUUGUCUGGUCCUUUUCAAUUUGGUUGCAUAUAUAAAUGUGGAACUUGCUCUAUUUUUAAUGCACUUGUGAUAAACUGACACCAGGGUUAGACAUUACUUUUCAAAGCUCGAGGUAGACUGAAUCGGCGUGCUAGAUCGGCCUCUAACCAAAACUGUAAACUUCAGGACCAGCAAACUCAGCCCAAGGCAGCUAAUCCCCUUCCCCACGCGGCUGAUUGGCAGCCCUCGUUUGCCAACCUACCCUCUCAUUCACUGAUCCACCAGCGUGACUGUUAAGAACUAUAAAGUCUUUUUGGUUGUUUGUUCUUGUUUUAAGCAAAAUGGAAAACCUUUCUAUUUAGGGUUGUUGGGGGGAGGGGAACGGGCAAAGAUAAACCCCAGCCUUUAAGACUUUGACAACUGUACGUAAAUAUAGAUGUGUAAAUAUAGGCACAUGCAUAUUUUUAUGUAAAACUGAUUUUUAAAAACUGAAAAGAAAUCUAUACUCUUACUGAUACCAUCGCAAUGCAGAUGGGAAGGGAAGAGUAUGUAGUCCAGUUUCGUGCAGUGAGAAAAUAAUGGUGCGUGCUGUUAACAUCCCAGAACGCAUAGCUUUCCACACCUGUUGGCUUAGAAUGGCAGGCAAAGCACCCAGGGUAUUCCGUUUGGAUUUCUUCUGCUAAGCAAAGAUCUUGAAUUCUCCAAGGUGCUGAUAGUGACUGCCGACUCCUCUCUCUAGUCACAGACAUAAUGCUAGUUUGUGAUCCUCUUAGAAUCACUUGAGCAGGACCUAAAUUCUUCUUCCAGUCAACCCAAGACUCCGAUAAUGCCUGGGGCGAUUCAAAGUUGAGCACUGCAGCAGGCCCCUGACCCUGCAAUCGGCCACUUUUUU